CGGUCGUAGACGAAAUUUGACUACAGCUUGAAAUUGGUACUAAAAAUAUUGUAUGUCACCUGACAAAAACAGGCGUGUACGGUUUGUAAUCAACUGCUGGGAGAAAACAACAACAUUUAAGUUAAUUAGUGCUCAUCUUUUCCUGUGUACUCUGUAGCUGUUUGAUACAAGAAUUUGCAAUGAACGAGGAAGAUUUCAGCAAGGCGGAGAUUGACGCCAUUGAAGCAGCUUGUAAACGAAUUGAAAAUAUGAUGAAGAGGCCGGAUCAGCUGGAGCGAGUGGAACAGAUACGACGUAGAGAGGCAAGGAAGAAGGCCUCCGUUGAAGCAAGGUUAAAGACAGCUAUGCAGUCUCAGCUAGAUGGAGUUCGAACUGGAUUAACUCAACUACAGAGCGCCCUCUCGGGUAUCAGGGAUGUUAGGAAAUGGAUCCAGGAGGUUGAUGGCAAAUAUCGAGAGUGUGCUGAGUUAUCAUCUAAGCUUGGUGAAGUCAAAGAUGUCGCCCAGCAACACAGUCAGCUUGCAGCCGCAGUGGAGAACCUUAAGCACAUCUUCACUGUACCGGAGAACAUUUGCAAGACAGAGAAAUACAUCAGUGAUGAGAAGUUAUUGGCUGCUCAUAAGGGGUUGAUGGAGUUGGAAAGUUCAAGAGACGAUCUUUUGUACGAGCUUCACAAACAUCCGUCUGAGAAUCCUACGGAUGAUCAUUUGCUGAAGCAAUACUUCUCUGAAGUUGAAAAGCUCUCGGAUAUGUUGUACAGACAACUCAAGUUGAUACUACAUAGAGUGCUUAAUGCUGCCAGAGAGAGUCCUUCACUGGUAACCACAGCUGUUCGUAUCAUAGAGAGAGAAGAAAGAAUAGACAAGAAGAUGUUAGAUCGUGAGAAGAUGGCAGGAUUCAAGGCUCCAGGAAGACCUAAGAACUGGAAGAAUAAAUGCAUGGAAGAACUCAAACAUCUUGCUCUCGUCAGAAUUGAAGGGAGUCAGCUUGAGGAUCGGACAAUAGAUAAGAUGUGGUUAGUGCGGCAUCUUGAACUGAUUCGUCAGAACUUGGUGGGAGAUCUCAGAGUAGUUAAGUUCCUGCUCGGGCCCUGUUUCCCUCCACAUUACAACAUCUUUGAAUAUUUUGUCAAGAUGUAUCAAGAAUGCCUCGCUUCACAUUUACAAGAUAUGAUAUCGGAGGAGUUGGAACCAAAUGAAAUCAUCUCAUUACUCACAUGGCUGAAUGAGUAUCGAGGACCAAUGAUGAUGAGUAACAGUGAGUUGGGGCUUGACGUCUCCAAGUUGCCCCCAUUGCUUCCUGCAAGAACAGUGGAAGAUUUACAACAGCAGUAUCUGAAAACCCUUCAUACCAAUAUUCAGAAGUGGAUGGGGAACGCUCUGCAGACUGAUGUUAAGGACUGGCACACUGAGUCUGAACCAGUCAGUGAUGGAGAGGGUUACUAUCGUACACAGCUUCCAGUCAUCAUCUUCCAAAUGAUUGAACAAAACCUUCAAGUCUCCAACCAGAUCAGCACUGAUCUGACCACCAAGGUUGUACUGCUGUGUGUGGAAGAACUCCAGAUGUUCAUUGACACUUACAAACUUAACAUACAUUCCUACAAGAUAAAGCAUCAAGCUGAUCGAAGUCAGCCAAGGUUCUAUUUCCAAUACAUGGUUGCCAUAGUAAACAACUUCAUGUUGUUUAUUGAAUUUACCAAACAACUUGAGAGGAGGCAUCUGAACCUGGCGUCAAGCGAAGCAGGCUCCACAACCUUUGUCCAGAAUCUAGCUGACGCCUUCACUAGACUAAGUAUGGAAACUAUGGGAGACUUGUGUGGGGAGAUUUUCAUGGACCUUCAGCCUCAUCUACAACAACUUCUAACAAGAACGUGGCUUCAGUUGCAGUCGUCAUCAGCUAUCGACACUGUGUGCGUGACCAUUGAGGACUAUUACAGAGACUUCUUACAUCUUAAGAAAAACUUCUUUGAACCUCUGGUGCGGCAGCUUGAGAGGCAGCUGGUGGUGGAGUACCUCAAAGCCUUGGUGGAACGGCGUAUGACUUUUAAAAGUUAUGAGGAACGUAAGAUGGCUGCGGACAGGAUGGUUAAAGAAUCGGAGCAAAUCGAAGCGCUCUUUGAUCGCAUUUUAAGACACCAGGAACAGUCUCCAUGCGUUGCGAUCCCAAUGAUGGCUGAGCUCAUCAAGAUGAUGGAUACCUCUCUAUUGUCCUUAGAGAUCUCUGGCUUGGUCCAUAAAUAUGCGGACGUCCGCUUUGACCAUCUGGUCAACCUACUGGUUAUGAGAGGAGACAUUACUGUCGGUAACGCUAAGCAGGUUGUAGAGGACACACUUGGUGAUGAAACCACACGUAAGAAGACUCCCAAGACAAUCUUCUCAUUAGUUAAAUAAAUCAUCUACAAGAUUGAAUAAAGGCCAUACUUCAUACUUCCUGCAAAUGCAAUUUAGAAAAACGUAAAAGCGUGAACAACUACAAUUUGGUCGUGUGUGUAUAUUUAGCCUGGUUCAUGCUUCCAGCGAAUGUGAAUGCGUAACGAAUUUUUACGUCACAUGGCUGUUUUUUCAGGGAAUGUUUCGCAGGAGUUGAGCACAAGUCAGCAAUAAAAUUUUUGACUUCACAUUGCUGUGUUUGCAGCAAAUGUUAUGAAUUUCAACGUCACAAAUUAGCAAUGAAUAAUUCAGAACAAUUAACUUGUGCUCAACUCCUGCGAAACAUGCACUACGAAAACAGCCCUUUGACGUCAACAUUCGUAUCGCAAUCGCAUUCGCAGGAAGUAUGAAGCGGGCUUAAGGAGUCGAAGGCUAUUCCGAUGCUCAGAUGAUGAUGAGCAGCCAUCCAAAUCAGGAGGUGCUGGGACCUUAAGCUUGCAUAAACCCUUCUGCUACCAACAUAGUUCUAUCAUUGGCUGAGAAUUGUGCGCAGCGUAUAUGCGUGCGCGUUUUCUUUAUUUGAACUCGGCAAUCGCGGCCGAAGCAUGGGGUCUGUGAAGACCUAUCGUUGGCUUAGAGUUAUGCGUGACGUGUACAGGCAUGCAUGUUACCAUUGUUUGGCCUCGGCGAUGGUCGCUAACAUUAAGGGUUUAUUGAGCAUAUCAUGACUUGUCCGGUGAGAAGGUAAACAAAACAAAACAACAUUGUGUAUUGUAGUCAUUGUACAAAAAAAAAGAAUUGUAUUUUAACACAAUUUUAUGAACCACCUAAACUUCAGCUAAUAUUCAAAUAUUUUGGCACUGGACACUUUUGGUAAUUAAUUCAAAAUAAUUAGCAUAACAACUUAUUUGGUA